AUGAUAAUUGGGCAGUUUUCUUUAUCUCUGCCAGAAGCCAUCCUCCCUCUGGGCAGAUAUCAUCAACAGCUUCACACCAGGGAGGGGCCCUACAAGUGCCUGGAGUGUGGGAAGAGCUUCAGGCACACUUCCAAUCUCUUCAUUCACCAUUGUGUGCACACUGGAGAGAGGCCCUACAAGUGCCUGGAGUGUGGGAAGAGCUUCAGGUGGAGCUCCAGCCUCAUCAAGCACCAGCGGCUGCACAGCGGGGAACAGCCCUGUGAGUGUGGGGAAUGUGGGAAGAGCUUCAGCCAGAGCUCAUUACUAGUUGAGCACCAGAGGAUCCACACCGUGGAGAGGACCUAUGAUUGCCCUGACUGUGGGAAGAGGUUUCAAAGCAGCACCAAUCUCCUCAUACAUCAGCGGACACACACAGGGGAGCGAGCCUUCAGCUGCCCUGACUGCGGCAAGGGCUUCAAUCAAAGGAGCUUCAACUUGGCCUCCCACCGGAUGAUCCAUACUGGGGAGAGGCCCUUCCGUUGCCCCGACUGUGGCAAGGGCUUCACCCACAAAUCCAAGCUCAUGAGGCACUGGGGCAUCCACACUGGGGAGAGGCCCUACGAGUGUGAGCAGUGUGGCAAGAGCUUCUCACAGAGCUCUAACUUGAGCAGACACCAAGAGAGCCACCAAUAAGGGAAGCUCUUCCAGUGCUUCAACCUCGGGAAGAGCUUCCACUGCUGCAACUUCAUCCCCCACUGGAGGAUCCAUGUUGGAUGAUCCACAGUGACCCACAUUGGGCAGAGAGCUGGUGACCCACAUUCCUCCAGAUGAUCCCCACUGGGUGGGGGGAAGGUGUUGGAGAGAUUUCUUUCACUCCUUAUUCACCUGCUCUGAUGUUGUUGGUAAUAAAUGCAGUCCCCAGGCUGGGGUUUUUUCCUGUGCUGGUGAUCAGGGCAGGAUCUCUCCCUGUCUCAAUGCCUGGGCCUUUCCUCAGCCAGUCAGCAAAGUCACUAAAGAAUUUUCAGCCAAGCAGAGCUUUUCUCACUGAUAGCUGGCAGAGCCACAGUCUGGGGUGGGAAAGGUUAGAAAAUUGGGGAAAAGGAAGGACAGCAUCCUAGAACAGACUGAGCAGGGGCUGGGGAUUGGAGGGGGAUUGUGUGAAAGAGGUUGGGGAAGGGGCAAAAACCAGCAUCUAGUGUUGGGAUGGAUGAACGUUUGACAAGAAAGUCUCACAGAUAUGGAUGCUUGGCAGAAAGAUUUUUGAAUGUAGAAUCUGAAGAAGGAGUAGGGUUGAAAGCAAGUUUGGAUGUAGAAGAAAAGUGCUGAGCCAGUCUUGCUGGAUAACUGAGAAGGCAAAGGCUAUGUUAGUUAGAAGGGGUUUUUAUGGCUCAGAGGAAAGGAUAAAGCCACCUGAAAGAAGAAGAUGUUUUACCAAGCAGAAGGAUUCCACGGUCCAACAAGACAGCCGAUUUGCAAGUAGAGAAAAGGUCUCAGAAUUUUCCACUGCAAGAAAGCUGAAAAACUUCUAGCCUCAACUGUAACAUACUAACUUUUAGUGAUUGGAGAAUAGUAACAUGAAUAUGGUAAUGAUAGUAGUUAGGAUAGGCUAGAGGUAAAAGUGAAGGUAUAGAUUGGUUCUUAUGGAUUAAGAUGCUCAGCAGGGAAAAGUAUAGAAUGCAUUGUAAGCAAAAUUCAAGGGUCUUCAGGCUGGACUCCAGCUGGAGCUGACAGCUGUAGACACAGGCUGUGUCACCCACGAGGCCGGACUGCUGUACAGUCUUGAAUGGAAUAAAGCGCAUUUGAAGAGCCUCCUGGAGUCUUGCUGUGGCAUUUGCAUUUUCUGAAAAAUCCCUUCAGCCAGGAUUUUUCUCCUGGGAAGCUGAGAAGCCUCAGAGAAAAAGGAAAACAAUAAUGAUCUCAUUUGCUUCUCCUCUCUUUUGCUCAUGUGGAAUGUGUUUGGAGAUGGUUGACCAACAGGUGAUUGUUUCAUUGGUUUCUGGUGGGAGUGUUUUCACUCAUUGGCCAAUCAAAGCCAAGCUGUGUGGACACUCUUGAAAGAGUCACGAGUUUUUAUUAUUAUCUUUUUAGCAUUCUGUAAGUAUCCUUUCUGUAUUUUUUACUACAGGUUAGUAUAGUAUUUUUUAAUCCAUGAUUGUAGCAUCAAAUAAUAAAUUAGCCUUCUGAGAACAUGGAGUCAGAUUGAUGAUUCCCCUCAGCGGGGAUGA